AUGAAAAUAGUUUGUAAGUUUUAUUUUUCUAAUUUUAUAAACUUUGACAUAAAUUAUCCAGCUUAUCUAAGAGAUUGUACAUACAAAUAUUAUAGAUCUACAUAUUUUAUAAAAUCUAUAGAGUUGCAAAUCUUAAAAAAAGAAUUUAACAAUGUACGUAAACAGGCUCUAUAUUCAUCUGCAGAGGAUGUUUUUUUAAAUGAAUGCAAAUGUAUAUGGGAUAAAUUGAUAAGUGCUUCUUCUUGUUUUCUGCCUAAAUAUUUUUCACAGAAUAAAUAUUACAAAUAUAUAUUUGGUGAUAAAACUGGAGUAAGAAACAUAGAAAAUGAAGCCCAGAGUAAAAAUUUUGAAAAUGAAGUCCCUAGAUUUGAUAAAAAAUUAUUUUUAAAAUACGAAAAUGAUUUGGAAUUUACUAAAAAUUUUGAUCUAGAUAAAUAUAUUAAAUUAAAUAUUAGGUGUAUUACACCAUAUUCAUUGAAAGAUUGGAAAAAGAUAAUAUCAAACAUUAAAAGUAUUAAAGAAUUUAACAAAGCACUAAAUGACAAUAUUAUAUACGAUUAUAAUUACAUACAAAAAUAUACAAAACAUCAAGAGAAAUGUUACAAGCUAGAAUUAGAAUUAUUAAAAAUACAAAAAUUAUAUUCUAAUUUGCCAAAUAUUAUUAUAGACUAUAAAAUUUUUUGGCCUAAAGCGGAUUUAAAAAAGCAAUUUAAAAUUCUUUUAAAAGAAUUUUUUGUUCUUUUAGAAGACACUAAUGAACUUGAAAAAGACUAUACAAAAGUUUAUAAAAAUAAACCCAGUGAAAAAAUCAAUGAAAUGUACAUGAAAAACUAUUAUGACUAUAAUUCCAAAAAUGAUGUAUUACAAUGGGCUUUCUGUAAUAUAAUUAUAAAUAAUAAUAUUUCUGAUGAUGAAAUAUUUGAUGAAGUGUUUUAUACAUUAGUUUUAGAUAACAACUUUGAAAUGCCCAUUAAUGAAACCCAAGUAAAAAGAUUUUUUAAAUAUCUUAAACGUCUUACGACCUUCCAUGUUUUGCGUCAAAAGACAAUCAAACUUUAUGCAUACAGACAAUUUUUAACAUUUCAUUUAAAUGUCGGCUCUUAG